GUACUCUUAUCUCUCAAAGGCUCAUUGUUUUCUUCGCCGCGGAAAAUGGAUGCGAGCAACUUAUGGGACAAAUGGGUUGGAGAAGCGCUUUCGAAGCUCGAAUCUUUGAAACUGCUUCGAUCUUUAAGACCCCUUUAUCCUUCUUACGAACAAACGGAAGUGAUCAAUGCAGGAAUUUCCAGUGAAGACGAGUACGAGUUGUUCGGUGAAAUGCAUCCAUGGGAUCGUUCCUCUGUUAAAGUCUCUAUUUCUGAAUCCACUUACCGUAAAUGGCUUCUCGAGAUUCCAAGUUCUGGAGAUGACAUUGUUCAUGGAGAAAUCUUAUCUGAUGAUAAUUUUGGCACUCUUCAACAGCAAUUCAAGCAGUUACUUUUAUUUUCUGGAAAUGAUUAUUUGGGCUUGAGUUCUCAUCCAGCGGUUCGAAAAGCAGCUGCAAAGGCAGCACAAGAGUAUGGAAUGGGCCCAAGGGGCUCUCCCUUAAUCUGCGGAUACACUUACCACCAUAGAUUACUGGAGUCGAGCUUGGCAAGUUUAAAGAAUAAGGAGGACUGUCUUCUUUGCCCUACAGGGUUUUCAGCCAAUAUGGCAUUGAUGGUAGCACUUGGAAACAUUGCUUUGCUCCUUGCCGCAGGGAAUAAGCCUUUGAAGGAUGAAAAAAUUGCCAUUUUUUCUGAUGAACUAAACCAUGCAUCAAUAAUUGAUGGUAUUCGUCUUGCUGAAAGACAAGGAAGUGUAGAAUUCUUUGUAUAUAAACACUGUGACAUGUCCCAUCUCAGCGAACUGUUAUCAAGUUGCAAAAUGAAGCGAAAGGUGGUUGUGACUGAUAGCUUGUUUAGCAUGGAUGGAGACUUUGCACCAAUGCUGGAGCUUGUAGAGCUACGGCGAAAGCAUAAUUUGUUGUUAGUCAUUGAUGAUGCACAUGGAACAUUUGUUUGUGGCAAGAGUGGUGGAGGAGUGGCAGAGGAAUUUGAUUGUGAAAGAGAUGUUGAUAUAUGCAUUGGAACUUUGAGCAAGGCAGCUGGUUGCCAUGGUGGAUUUAUUGUCUGCAGCAAAAGGUGGAAACAACUUAUCCAAUCAAGAGGCCGUUCUUUCAUAUUUUCUACUGCAACACCGGUUCCUAUAGCUGCUGCUGCACAUGCUGCUGUUAUUGUGGCUAAAAGAGAAAGGUGGCGUAGAAGAGAACUUUGGAACCGGGUGCAGGAUUUUCGUAAUUUGACUGGAAUUGCUAUUUCCAGUCAGAUAAUCUCUCUUAUUGUAGGAAGUGAAGAGAAAGCCUUGAAAGCUAGCAGGCAAUUGCUGAAAUCAGGCUUCCAUGUGACUGCAAUCAGACCACCAACAGUGCCCCCCAACUCUUGCAGGCUGCGAAUCACUUUGAGUGCAGCACAUACGACUGAUGAUUUGAAGAAGCUCACAUCUGCACUCUCCAGUUACAUCAACUUUCAAGAUAUUGACAGUACUAAUCUUGUCAUACAUUCUAAGCUAUAGGAUCAGAUAAAUUUUAAGGAUUACAAAGGUUUAGUAUUUGUCUUUAUUUAAGAGAAUGGGUAAGGUGCAUCUUUAAGGACAGUCAUCUUCUAGGUUCACAUUCAUGUUCAUGAAGAUAAAUUGAUAUUCAGUUAGUAUUUAAUUAGACAGGUAAAGUAAGUUAUAGCUCGCUGUUGAUUGUGCACCUUAUUGAGGUUUAAUACAAGCAUGCUUAUGUUAUAUGAUGAGAUUUAUCACUAUUUGAAAACAUCGAUGAACAUGUUCUGCACGUAAUGCUGCCAUUAGACCUA